AGAGAUUUUUAUUUCAGCAGCGCAAAUCGUCAAGGCGGGUUGGUUUUGUUGUGGAGUGUGUGAAAUCGUAAUAAAUUACAAACGAAAAAUAAAUUAAUGUUAGUAUUGCAAUUUGUUACUAAAUAAGAUAGUGACCUUACAAUAUUUACCGGAGUUUCCUGAAGAAAAAGCUUUUGCUGUAUUUAUCGAUUUGCCGCGAGCGUGUCGCCGAGGCCGGUGCUAAGAUGGGCGUGCCACACAUCACCUCGUUCUGCUGGUGCAUGGGACUCGAGGUCGGAGCCAAGUGCGUCGGCUUCAUACACCUGCUGGUGUCGUUGAUCCUGAUGAUCCUGUGCUCCGUGUUCGCGGAGAACGUGCGCGGGUUCGUGGGCACGGCGGAGGACGCGGGCGACGCGCUGUACGCCACGUGGUACAAGAUCGCCGUCGCCACCGCCGUCGUCACCGUCGUGCAUGUGCUGCUCGCGCUCACGCUGCUCUUCUCUGUCUUCAAGCGCAAGUCGUGCGGUAUCCGCGUGUGGGUGUGGGUGAUGUCGGUGCUGUGCGUGGCGGCGCUGCUGUGCAUCGUCGUGCUGGUGGCCAUGCACGGGCUCUCCGGCUCCGGGUCCGACAUCUUCCUCUCCUUCCUCGAGGGACUCGUCUUCUUCGGCGUGAUGGCCUACUGCAUCCUGUGCGUGAACAGCUACUACCUGAUGUUGAAGAGUGCGGAGGACAUGGAGGGCCCUCACAAGUCCGUCUACUAACCGCCUACACACAGCACUCCGAGUGGAAGACAUCGGUAAUCACGAUACGUACUUAUUUCGUUUAUGAACAUCACCUCACAACACAAAGCAGAUAUAAUUGAUUUGUUGAAAUGACUUGAUCAAAGGAGAACAAAUUAUGAACCCACUGAUCGGGAUGUAUUUAAAAUUAAUACACGAACAGGUUAGCUACUUGUGCUACACUGUUAGAAUGAAUUCUUAAAGUUAUGGUGCCUAAAAUAAUAAAUGCUUAUUAGCUACCUAAGCCUUAAAAUAUGAAAGAGAAAAAGAUCCAAAUCUCGAAAUCGUAAGGAUUUUUAUUAUACACACAUUUGAUAUCUGUGUUUUGAGAUAACAAUGCAUGCAUACAGACAAUGAAUGUUGCAUGUUGUGUUGGUCGUUGAAUUAAUUUUACUUGGAAAUGAAAUACCAAGUAAAUAUUUAUGUAGCUUUAUUUUAUAGCUUAAGGCUACUUAAAAAAGUACGAGUUUUAAGAACCAAUGAUAAACGAAUAAAAAGAGCAUUUGAAACAAUUUUCUUAUACAUAAUAAAAACAAAUGGUACUAAAUAUUAAUUUGAAUAGAAUCGUGGUACAUGAGGAAAUGUUUUGUUACGUACAAAUAUAAUAUAGUGACAGUAGAUGGAUAUAUUUGUCUGUUUAUUGUAGUAGUUGAUGUCUAGUGUUGAAGUACCCUGUUGCACGGUAUACACAUAAUAUACUCGAAAUCUUAUUUAAAAACUAUCGUGAGACAUACUUAAUUAAUGUUAUGAUAUAAGGCCUAUUCAAGUAAGUAUUCGAGGGUGCCCGACCAAUUUCAAGUCACGAUCGGGGCUCAUAAUGGCCUAGGACAUAGAAGAUGUUACUUUAUGAUUAUGAUAAAGCUUUGUAUUAUAAUUAGACGUAAUGUUCUUUCAGUACAUAUUUAGUAGACAUUACAAUGUGUUCGCGCACAGCUUCUGCAGUGAUGUCAUCGCGUCUGCACGCGCAGUGUUCCGAAAUACCAGACAAGGUUACUCGGCUCGAAUGGAAGCCAUUUGUAUUGCUUUCGUUACACAUUUAUCUUAUCUCACUGGCUACCUAAUUGGUAGCAAGCAUUUGUUAAAGCGAAGCAAAAAUAUUUAGUAUACUAUAUUAUCAGUAGUGGCAUGAAGUCGGGAAUCGUAUAUUAUAAUUGUAGCAAUAGAUCGCUAUUAUGCAUGCAUUUCUUACACCUCUGUUUACCCCUUCAGGGAAUAAAAGGUGUGAUUAUAGCCAACUUAUUUAUUUAUUAUUAAUGUACAAACAUACAAAUAUUCUUAUUGGAAUUUCUUCCUUGGAUCUUACACAAUAGGUAGUUCAUUUACAUUUUAACGAAUACUUCUUUUCUACUAAGACGAUUGCAUUUACUGCGUGCAACAGGGCUUAGAUAUAAGUGCAACAUUUUAUAAAUGUGUUUUAAUGCUUAGUUAUUCUACUGUAGCGCCUGGCGGGCUAUUAUAACUAGAGUUUAUUUAAUAAUACAAUGUUUUAAAUAUUAUGGUUUAUACAAUUGGAAAUGAAUCUUAGAAAAUUCUAAAUAUGAUAUUGAUUGAUACUGUGUAAUGAAUUGUAUUCCAAAUUACGCGGACGAAUCCGUAAGCAUUUCUAGUCAAAUGUUUGGAAAAACUUAAUCUUGAACAAUCAUGUUGUUAGAUUUAAUAAAUGAAAUAGCAACUUUUACAAUCGGGAGCAAAGAAACAGAGCCACUUUUACUUUUUCAUUUCUUGAUAAAUAUUUUGUGAAACAAGUAUUUUAUUAAUUGAUAACGUAUGUCGUAAGAAAGGUAAUUUAAUUACCUUUCAAAUGAGAGUAUUUCUUUAGAAAACUAAUAUUUUGUUUUACGCCAUAGUCAUUCUAUAAAAUAAUAAAUACGCUAGUGGUACCCUUUCUUUACUUCCAAGUGUAAUAAUUUGAAUAGUAGCUGGCUCGGAUAGUAGUGCUGUUUAUAGUCGUUCGGGGUAAAAUUGGCCCUACAGUGUAACAUAUGCUUACAUUGUACGUGUUUUUGAUAGAUUAAUUUGGCUUUAAUGUAUGUUUCUGAACACUACACGAAGUUUAUCCCUAUCACCAGAGACGAAGGUAUGACUUUAUGUAUGUAUGAUCCAAUGUUACAUCACAUGUUACAAUAAGUAUUGGUCCAAUUUGACCCCCAAUAAGCUGAAUUCCAUAAUUAUGUUUAUCCUUAAUGCCGAGUUAAUGCGAAUAAUGUUGUAGAAGUAUAUUGAUAUAAUAAUUAUGUAUUUGAUGUGGAGACUGGAACGUGACUUAUGUAAUCAGUUGAUGAGGAAAACCAAAAUAUAGGAGUUAAAUGAAACUUCCUUAUUACUUUAACUAAAAAUUUAUGUAUCACUUCUGAACACAUUUUGAGGUGUAAUUCAAAUAAUGGAAAAACAUAACUUAGAUAAUAGCUAAAUGAUUACUUAUGUCGCGUUUCUACGUGUGAGUGUAACUAAGUGAGGGCUAUACCUCCGCGCCAAUACCUCUGCUGAGGACAUCACUACAAGUGCUCCUUACGACUUGCCUCAACUUUUUGAUAUAUUUACAUUAAUUAACCAAGUACCUUAUUGAAAUGAAAUAUUGUCGAUUACGAACAACUUCGAAUGAAAAAAUAUUCCUAUUCAAAUUGAGAAAUAUAGAAAAGUAUUUAUAAUAAAAAUAUAUUUACUAUUGUUUUAAAUAAAAUCGUCCGAAAAUGUGUCUUACAAAUAUAAUGUCAAAAGAAUUCUAUGAUAAAGUUGAUACAUUAGUUAAAAUAAACAAUUAUGUAUUUUUAACUAUAAAUAAACGUUCUCAAUCUUUUUGUCCACGUGUGCCAAUAGAUGUCGCUCAAAUCGACAGGGACCUAGCGACUUUAUACAGAAUUUUAGUGUAUUUUUUAGAGUUGAUACAUGUUUUAACACAUUUUGUAGUCAAUACCUCUACUGAGAUGGUAAUUGCCAGUUCAAUUAGUCGAAUCUUGGUCAGAAGUGGCUCUUAUUAUACCGAAUAUAGCUCGUUAAGUGUCCUAAUAUUUUUGUUGAAUUUUUAACUGUCUUACAUGGUAACAAAGUUGAAAAUCUUAUAAAAAGAGUUGUCAUAAUAAAUAAUGAACAAGAGAAUACAAGUGUAGUAUGUCUAUGAAUGUUGAAUAUGUUGUUAACAGCUGUAUAAUGUAACCAGAGUGGGAUCGUUCCCGAUAAGUGUACUUAUAAGUGUAGUCGAUAAGGAUUUUUGUAUAAUUUUUUCGCCAGCUGUAUUUAUUAAAUUUGCUAUUUUAUGGCUUUGUUUGCCAAA